GUCCAAAAAAUAUGGGACGUUAGGGGUAACACUAGAUCAUUGGCUAACCUUACAAAAAAAGAAAAAGAGGCCCUACACUCAUUGACUAACAAUAUUGAUAUUGUAAUAAAGCCAGCCGAUAAAGGGGGUGCAAUUGUCAUAAUGGACACAUGUCAAUAUAUGCAGGAAGCAAACAGACAAUUGUCUGUAGUGGAACACUAUGAGGUCACCCCUACCGAUCCAGUCUGGUCUAUAAAACGGGAAGUAGAUAGUCUGGUAUUAGCCGCAUGGGAAAGUGGGAUCAUAAACUCAACCACAAAAGAUUUUUUAAUCACCGACUAUCCCCGUACACCUGUUCUCUAUCUACUCCCAAAAAUUCACAAGACACUGACUGACCCACCAGGGCGCCCUAUUAUAUCGGGUAUAGGUUCCAUUUUGGAACCUCUUUCAAAAUUUGUAGAUCGGUAUCUGCAGCCCUUAGUACAAAAUAUACCUACAUGUCUAACUGACACGACUGACCUACUCAGACAAUUACAAGAUCUGACCCUAACUAGCCCGGACGUAAGCCUUUGCAGUAUAGACAUACAAAGUCUAUAUACUGCCAUACCCCAAAACGAGGGAAUUGCCUAUGUUGAAGAAACCUUACUGGAGACGAAUAUCCAACAUCACCUUAUCUAUUUCCUUAUAGAUUGUCUGACUUUAGUUCUGCAUAGGAACUACUUUAAGUUCAAUGACAAGUACUACUGGCAACGCCAGGGUACGUCGAUGGGUGCGUCGGUGGCCCCUUCGUUUGCCAACAUUUUUGUUCACCAUCUUGAACAAAAAAUUUUUUUGCAGGGUAAGUUCAAGGGGCACAUUUUGAAAUAUUGGCGGUAUGUGGAUGACAUACUCAUUAUUUGGCAAGGUACCGAAGAUACCUUCAAAAAUCUGCUUAUUGAAGCCAAUUCUUACCAUCCGACGAUAAAAUUCACUGGGGAAUGGUCGAAUACAUCACUUAACUUUUUGGAUGUAAAAUUAGGUAUCUGUGGUAAUAGCAUCAUAACUGAGAUGUAUUCUAAACCCACAGACCGUAACACACUUUUACUCUCUUCUAGCUACCAUAACCCCCAUACCAUGAAUGCCAUACCAAAAAGCCAAUAUUUACGUGCACGCCGCAUUGCAUCGACUGAUACACAAUACAAAUCAGCGGCUAAUUUGCUUACAAAAAAAUUCUCACAACGAGGAUAUUAUACACCAAAACUUCAAGCAAUAGAGACUCUAGUAAGCAAACAGGACAGACAAGAACUCUUAAAAAGGAAAGAAAAAAAUAGAUCUAAUCAAAUUCAGAGAAUUCCCUUUGUGUCUAAAUUUGGUAGACAAAGCAAAAAAAUUGAACAAAUCGUUAGACAGUAUUGGCCGAUCUUACAACAAGAUACGACAUAUGGCUCACUGUUUAAACAACCUCCGCUCUUUAGCUAUACUAGAGGACGUAGCCUUAGAGACUGUCUCUGUCCCUCUGAUGUUACCCAGAAACAAUCAAACACAAUGUUCUGGGGACCACCUAAAAAAGGCACUUAUGCCUGCCUGAAUUGCAUAUGCUGCAGUUCUAUUAUAAAAGGGGACACAGUAAAUCAUCCGACAAAAGGGAAUAUCAUUCGGCUAAAGGAUUUUUGUACUUGCGAGACCAAAAAUGUGAUCUACAUGCUAAAAUGCCCUUGUGGGUUAGCCUAUGUGGGCCAAACGAGUAGGUCUGUGAAAGAACGUAUAAAAGAACACAGAGGCAAUAUUAGGAAUUAUAAAGUUGGCACACAGUCAGAUACCCCUGUAUCUAGACACUUUACAUCCCACGGACACAGUCUCAUACAAUUAAAAUGGUUGGUGCUCGAACAGGUAAAAAGACCUAAAAGAGGGGGCAACCUCUCUAAAUUGCUUCUGCAGCGUGAAGCACUUUGGAUAAAAAAGUUAAAUACUAUGACACCUAUGGGCCUGAAUGAUUAUUGGAGCUUAUCUCCAUUUCUGUAUUAACUGCCAUUUGUAUAUUUCUCUCAUUCCAGAUUUUGAGAAAAACCUACAUUUCUACUGUGGGUUCACGUUGAGAUUCUUAUCUUGGACUUUUAGAACACAGUCGACACUUUUCACCGCUUGCACAUACAUAUUGCCACCUUAACAUGUAUUACAUGUUUUUAUAUUUAUAUUUAUAUUUAUUGUUAAACCUCUAUGAUGGGUGGGGGCGGGGUGACACACCCCCAGGUGUGGUUAUAUAAUGUUGUACUUUGCACUGGCACUUCACACUUGAAAAAGGGCCUGUGAGGCCCGAAACAUGUUGUGUGGACUAUAAUAAAAUUGCACUUUAGCAGUUAUUCUGCAAGUUUGUUCCUCUGUUCUCCGCUUUCGAUUGUU